GCCCCUGUCGAACUGCAUGACGUGUGAGGCAGGGUGAAGUGUGUGACCAAGAGUUGGGGAUUCCCUCUCGGGCUGCACGGUUUCCAGGUUGUUGGGCAGCUCGGCUAAGUUUUCAUCCUCAACAUUGCCUCUUUCCGCCCUGAACCCGGCACUGCCUCUUCAACAGCAAAGAACAUUCGGGCAGGAAGUGAAAUAAGUCUCAAAAAAAAUGACGCACGUCUCACAGAAGAGGAUGAGCUCAUUCCAGAUGGUUUCCUGUCCUGAUUCAGGAGGGGCGGGUAAAGGUGGUGGAGACGAGAAAGGAAAACGUACUGAGAAGGAAGAAUCUCCAAUUCGGCAGGGAGCAGGCCACUGUAAAUGGUUCAACGUUAGAAUGGGCUUCGGAUUUAUCUCUAUGACUUCCCGAGAUGGCACCCCCUUGGAAACACCAGUAGAUGUUUUCGUACACCAAGAAUUCUGAACGAAGAAGCAUUUUGCACCCUCCAGAUCAGGUUGCAAGCCGCCUUCAUCAAACGAAGGAACUGGAGGCCAGGGAAAAUCAUUGCCAGAG